AUGAAACGAUUAGAAGCGUACAACGAGUUACAAACUGAUCGGAUUGUGAAAAAACAUAAGGUUGAAACCUUGCAAAAUGCGAGUGACCAAGUUUUGGAUUUUCAAGAAAAACUAACUGAAGAAAUGAGGAAGGAACCUUUGUUGGAAUCUACGACUCAGAAACAAGCAGAAAACACUACCACUAGUGAAGAAUUAGCCGGUAAACUUGAGCAAGAUACACAAGGUUGCGAUGCAUUAGAAAAUCAUAAAGCUAAUUAUGAAGAAGAAGAUGAGUUAACUGACGAUGAAUUUGAAAAAAGUUUAACAGAAGCAGAUAUCAUCGAUAUAAGUUCGAAUAAGCCUCCUUUAAUAAUUAAAGAGUCUUUCAGUAGAUUAAAGGAAGAAGCACAAUCCCAAACUCCACCUCACAUUAAGGUUGAUGGACUUAAAAAGUGGAUACAAGAAAAUUAUGCUCGUAAAAUAAAAACCACGAUAUCAAAUAUUCGAUCAACAACUACUAUUGAAGGUUUUGAUACAAAACAUGUUGAAUUUAUAAAACGAAUAUUAGAAAUCAAACUUAUGCAAUUUCAAGCCGGACAUGGCAAUAAACUUGAUUUGCUUAUGGAUGAGAAUACAUACACAUCAACAAUAGUAUCACCCGAUUUUGAAAUUCUAAAAUUUUGUUUUCCGAAGUUGUUCAUCAGCAGAUGGAAUGAAAAUGAUGUUCCUUCAUCUAAAUGGCGUCGUGAAAUGGUUUAUCGCAACAGUAACGCCUCUGCACGCAAGGCAGAUGGUAUUCUUUUUAAUUAUGAAAAUACCAGUCAAGAGUUCUUACUUUUUGAGAAUAUCGGUCCACCGUUGAAGACCAAAAAUCCGAAGUAUAAUGGUGAUCUUUUAAAAUGUUUUCGAAACUCUGUAGAUUCUAUUUGCAAAACUUUUUGGAAUGGAAAUGGAGACGUAGAAUUUGCAAAGAAGUAUUACGUAUUAGCAUAUGUGUUGUACAAGGACAAAGGCGAACUGUUUAGAUUGAAUUUGGGUGCUCCUAAAACAUUUGUCGCUGAAAGGAUACUAACAGUUAAUUACUCUUUUGAAUAUUCGACCUUUCCUUACACUGUCGACAUUAUUGUUCUCCUUCUUACAGUUAAGGCUACUUUCGAAUCCAAUAUGGAUGUUCUUCACGAUUAUUCAAAGUCAUGCAUGGAAAUAUCUAAUAAUUUUACACCAGUUCGAGAAUGGCUUAGUUUGAAUAGAAACAGCCUCUGA